CCUGACUUUGGCUUGACGACCUCGGAAUGCUUACAUCUCCAACACCGACUAACACGACUUCAGGAUACAUAUUCCAUCGAUUCUUCUGCCCCUGAUGAGAAUGAGCCGGACGCGGAUACUAACGCUUUUCUCGCUUGGCUGCUUUGGACUCUUGACAGCUUACCUUUACGCUCGUCUUCCGUCUACCGAGAUGCCGCCCUCGACGCCACCACAGACCACCGCCAUAAUCGUAGGCUCAGGCCUCGCAGGGCUCUCCGCAGCCAGCCAGCUGGUAGCCCACAAUGUGCCUGUUCGGCUUCUCGAACGCGCAGCAAAACCCGGUGGGAACUCCAUCAAGGCCUCCUCCGGCAUCAACGGUGCACCAACAAAGUACCAACCUCCUUCCCUACACGACGAUGCCUUCUACUCCGAUACCGUUCAUUCUGCGGGUAAAGCUAUGCUCUCUUCCACCACCCACCGGGAAAAGCUCAUCAGCACCUUGACAAAUUCCUCCAAGGACGCCGUCGAAUGGCUCGUCGAAAAGAAAGGCAUCGAUCUCAGCGUCGUCGCCAUUUUGGGCGGCCACACCUACCCGCGCACCCACCGCGGCGCCGGGCAAACACCCCCCGGUUUCGCCAUCGUAAACACGCUCCUUACCUCGCUCAAGCAAUCCUCCAUCUUCCACCUCCAGACUUCCUGCACCGUUACCAAAGUGCUCCAGUCCGAGCACCGCGUCACGGGCGUCGAGUAUGCGUGCGAAGACGGCAAGAAGGAAGAGGUCCACGGUCCAGUUAUCUUUGCAGCCGGUGGCUUCGGCGGCGAUGCUGAAGGGCUACUAGCAAAAUACCGCCCCGAUCUCAAAGGGUAUCCUUCCACGAACGACCCCCGGCCUGGCACUCAGCCCCUUCUCACAGCCGUCGGCGCGCAGCUCAUCGACAUGGAACUCGUCCAAGUCCACCCAACAGGCUUCGUGGACCCGGCCAAUCCCUCUUCACCCCUGAAAUUCCUCGCCGCCGAAGUGCUGCGAGGUGAAGGCGGUCUUCUCCUCCUAAACGGGAAGCGUUUCUUCGAUGAACUAGAGACGCGGGAAAAUGUGACCAAAGUCAUCACAGCUACACCGCCUACUUCGACAUCGCCGAAGCAGUGGACAGUUCAGCUCGUGCUGGACGAGGGUGUGUACAAGGCCGCGAAAUCCCACAUCGACUUCUACAUCUUCAAGGGCUUGAUGAAGAAAACCACCAUCUCGGAGCUGGGAACCGAAGCGCUAGCAUCCAUUCAACAGUACGCGGAUGCCGCCGCAGGGAAGGAGAAAGAUCCAUUCGGACGGUCGUCCUUCGCGAACUGGACGCUCACCUCACCUACCCCAGACUCCACCGUCUACGUGGGCACGGUAACCCCCGUGGUCCACUUCACCAUGGGCGGCGUGCUCAUAAACGAGAAAGCGGAAGUUAUCCGCCAAGAUGAUGGCCCGAUCGAGGGGCUGUGGGGCGCGGGGGAGGUCACGGGCGGUGUGCAUGGUGGGAACCGGUUGGGUGGGAGUUCGCUGUUGGAAUGCGUGGUGUAUGGAAGGAUUGCGGGCGAUCAGGUUGCGCAGUAUGUUGAUAGCCACAAGAAGUGAGAUAGUUGUAGACGAUUGGAUAAUUAAAAUUGCUUCUUGGGUAUAUCAGGACGGAU